AUGUGUCCUUCUGUUGGCGAGUGUUCCGCAACCUAUGCAGGACGUCUUAAACGAUGCCUAUCAAUCAUUAUUUUGCAGUCCGGCGGGUGUUCUCCUAAGGAGCCAAGCCCAAAAGCUAGAGCGCCCAGCGUUGAUUGCUACGGAUACGGGGCCGUGAAUUCCAACAGCCUGCUGCAGAAGAAGCUCCUUGCCUUCUGGUAUGUCGAUGUAUCCGGUGACAUUUACAGCAGCAUACUUGGCAUCGAAACUGCACUGCUUAGCAUAACCAGUAGUACCAGAAACGUAGGGGUAGUGGAGUUCCGUGUCUAUUCCCUUAGACUCCUUCACAUACUCAAACGCGAGGUCCAUCAGACCGCCAUUGCAUCCGUGGUUGCGACUACUGCAGUCAACAAGCUGCUGUUCUGA